AGAAUGGUCCAGACUGUGAAGAAUCUACUGAAGAAAGCAGGCGACGCUGGGGAGGACCCCUACAUUGCAUUAUUAAACUAUCGCACCACACCGGUCGACAACAAGUUACAAGCGCCUGCGAGACUGCUCAACCAGAGGGAAUACAGAACCCAGUUGCCAUCCAGUGGACGAAUCCAAAGAAUGAAAAGCAACGACGACGAUUUACUCCAACUGCAAAAGCGACAGGAAAUACAGCGUCAAAACUAUGCACAGAACAGAAGAGAGUUAGGCGGCUUGUCAACAGGGCAACCUGUCGCCGUCUACAAUCCAUCGUCAAAGACUUGGACCACGGCUGAGGUCAAAGAGAAAUUAGAUGAACCGCGGUCAUACACUGUGAAGACCUCGAAUGGGUCAGAGUUAAGACGGAAUCGUAUCCACAUAAAGCCCAUACCAACCAUACCAGAGAAACAGCCAGCGCAGGAGUACAUCCAGCCACAACCUCCUGUUUCUCAAACAACUGUUGACACUACAGACAGGUCUACUACUAUUAAAGAAGCAGGGACCACAGUUACAGCGACUAGGAGCGGGCGGAUUGUCAAGCCUCCUACCAAGCUGAGCUUGUUUGUUGGCUCACAACCUUUGAACUGUUGAACUUGUU